AUGAAUAGUGAACCAGUACUUUCUAAGCGAACUCGUUUAAAAAUCAUUGCUGAGCAUCGUUACAACGGGGAUAUUGAAAAAGGCAUUUUCAAAACUGUGGAGCAACUAGACAUGGGUGAAAUGAAAGUAAAAUGUAAACAUUGCAAUGCAGAAAGGUUCAAAUAUGGUACAGGAUGGGUGGCAAAUAAUUGCUGUCAUGGAGGAAAAAUAACAUUACUACCAUUAACGGAAUAUCCUGAUGUACUUCAACGUCUGCGAGAAGGGAAUGACGAAGUAUCAAGACACUUCAGACAACACAUACGAUUAUAUAAUGACGCGUUUGCGUUUGCAUCAUUCAAUUACACCGUGGCAGAUCUGGGGAAUCGAGGAUCAUAUGUGAUGAAAAUAAUCGUGGAUGUGAGUUACAAAAUAUCUACAAGUUCAGAGACCGCAAACAAUAACCGACCGAGAUAUGGACAAAUUUAUUACAUCUACGACGCACAAACUCAGCUAGCGCUGAAAGAAAAUGACGCAAGAAGAGCAAACCUGGUAGAAAUUAUUGUUCGACUGAUAAUCGAUAUCAAUCCUUAUGCAGGAAAUUUUAAAACACUGCACGAGCGAUUUGGUAAGGGAGAAAUCCUGGCGAGAUUAAACUUUCUUGCACUCAAGGAAGACGAUAGACGGCGGUACAAUGCGCCAACCUGUGGUGAGCUAGCAGCUCUGAUCGUUUCAAAUGACGGGGCAGUAUCUGAAAAUAUAAAAGUUCAAGUAUUUCCAAAACAAGAUCGUGCAGUUGGAUACGUGCCGAAAUAUUCGCAUCACGUUCAUCAAAUGACUUUUCCAUUACAAUAUCCGAACGGUGAUUUAGGAUGGAACUAUAAUAUGAAACACAUAUUAUACAAAACAAACAAGACAAUCUCUCCUGUUCAAUACUAUGGACAUCGAUUGGCCUUACGUCGAGGUGAAGCACAGAAUCAGUUGUUGCGGAGCGGACGAUUGACACAACACUAUGUGAUUCACGCAUAUUUCACAGUCGAAUCGCAGCGUUUAUUGUUUUUAAGAAAUAAUCAGAAGCAACUGCGUGUAGAAUGUUACAAGGGAAUGACUGAUCACAUAUCAAAUAGUGAAGCGAAUACGUCAGAUCGAACAAGACUUGGGAACCAAAUGAUUUUACCCUCACCAUUUUCGGCAGCAUGCGACACAUGCAACAGCAGUAGCAAGAUGCAAUGGCAAUAA